AUGACCCGACAAGCCGAUGAAAGAUCUGCUAAACGAGCCCGUCUCGAUGAGGGUGUAACAACGAAGAAUGAUGAACUAACCUCGGCAGCCGAAGGCUUCUUUGAAGCUCUGGUUGAGGCCGGGGUCACUCACUGCUUCGUCAAUCUUGGGAGUGAUCAUCCAGCGAUGCUUGAAGCCAUGAUCAAGGCAAAACAAGAAAAACUGGACAAGUUUCCCAGUAUCAUCACUUGUCCCUCAGAGCUAGUCGCUCUGUCAGCCGCGUUGGGAUUCGCCCAGGUCACAGGCAUCCCGCAAUGUGUUCUCGUCCAUGUCGACUGUGGCACCUUGGCUAUGGGCCAGUCGAUCCAUAAUGCUUCCAUCGGCAGAGUACCCGUUCUGUGUUUCGCCGGCCUUAGCCCCUUCACUCAAAGAGGGGAGCUUCUGGGAUCAAGAACUGAGUUCAUCCAUUGGCUUCAAGAUGUUCCCGAUCAAGCCGCCAUUCUCCGUCAGUAUUGCAGAUAUUCUGGAGAAGUCAAGAGCGGCCGCAACAUAAAACAAAUGGUUAAUCGCGCUUUGGAAAUGGCGAUGUCUGACCCUAAGGGGCCUUCAUAUCUAAUGGCUGCACGGGAAGUCCUUGAAGAGAGCGUGGAAAGAAAGUGGCUUGAGGAAGAGCUACUGAGCCCGAUUGCACCAAGUGCAUUGGCUGGACCAGAUGUCGAAUUGAUCGCGAAAACCCUCAUUGGUGCAAAGAGACCGCUGGUCAUUACCAGUUAUCUCGGUCGAAACUUGCAAGCUCCAGCCUUGUUAGAAGAGCUCUGUGACAAACUGCCCAUAGGUGUUGUGGAAAUGGUUGGUUCCGAUGUUUGCAUCCGGAGCGACCACGAAGCCUAUCGUGGUGUUACGGUCACUACUCAUCCAGAUGUUUUGGAAGCCGAUGUGAUUCUUGUCAUGGACUGCGAUGUGCCCUGGAUUCCCACCUUGGGUGAACCUCAGAAGGGAGCGAAAAUAUUCCAUCUCGACGUUGAUCCUCUCAAGCAGCAAAUGCCGCUUUUCUCCAUCAAGGCUAUCCGAAGAUUGAAAGUUAGUUGCGCUAUUGCACUCAAGCAGCUGAACACUUUCUUGGAUGGCCAAAACUUCGACAAAGGCCUCUACACUUCCGAGUUUGAAGCCCGGAGAGCUCGUCAUGCAAGCUGGCGCCAGACUUUGCAGAGUCUCGAGUCGCCUUCAGAAAGCAUUAUUACCGUGCCGUAUCUAACCUCCAGGCUCAGACAAAUUGUCCCAGAAGAUACUACUUUCGUGAUAGAAGCAGUGACAAAUGCGGGACACCUUAUUCAUCAUCUCAACCUCACUAAGCCGGGAGCCCUUCUCGGCAGUGGUGCUGGUGGUCUAGGUUGGGGAGGUGGUGCUGCCCUAGGAGUCAAGCUUGCGAAGCCCGACUCCUUUAUUUGCGCAAUUGUGGGAGAUGGAACCUAUCUCUUCUCUCAAAUGGAAAGCGUCUACUGGAUUGCCAGACGAUAUGACAUUCCUUUCUUGCUUAUCGUUUUGAACAACGGCGGUUGGAAUGCACCCAAAGUAUCGGCUCUACUUGUCCACAAGAACGGACUCUCAUCUAAGUCCAAUAGACGUGAUCUCAAUAUCUCCUUUGAGCCCUCUCCGGAUUAUCCAGGUAUUGCGACGGCAGCUGGCAAUGCAUGGGGUGCUACGGUCACACAGCAGAGCGAAGUCGAUAUGGCUAUCAAGGAAGGAACUCGAAUUGUUCAGGGUGGGAAGUGCGCGGUUAUCGAGGUCGCGGUUCCAUCAAUGUGGAAAGAGACUUGA